AUGGCGAGGAUCUAUCAAAAACUUUCCCAAAUUGAUUCGGCACAACAGUACCUUGUCGAACUAGGUACUUUGACGGAACUGUGCGACGACAUGAAUAUGUCAGCCGAUGUGGCCGUAUUGUUGGCCCAUUUCCACGUGACCCAAAGCCAGGACUAUCAGCAAGCACUGGAUUUUGCCGAGAACGGAUUCCAUUUGACCUUACGACACGAGGACAGUACAAAUACAAUCUCCACGAGUAGUAGUAGUAGCGAGAGUCGAAAACCUCAGGGAAGUAAACAGUUAAAAGAAAACGUGCUCCGUGUCUGGUGUGGUGUAGCUAAAGGUUGUGCAUUACAAUCCACACUGAUCCCUACAAUUGUGCAAGCGGAUCACGAUGAGGUUGCGAUGGGUGCAUUGUUAAACUGGCGCAGUUUGAACAUCCCGUUACCCCCGGUCGACCGAGAACAAUUCUUGGAUAAAACAAAUUUUGAACUGAUUCUGUUUUCACUUCGUUGA